UUUGCCAUGGUGCCAGAAAUGCAGGAUAGGGAUUGCCAGUUUUGUCCCUCUCCCUGCUGACACCGAUUAACAUUUCUUAGAGAAGUUUAACUCUUGCAAAACAGUUGCCACAAAGAGUAGGACAAAAGGGACUCCAAACUGCAAUAGUUAUCAAACCUUUAAUCUCCUUGACAAGUUGAGAAACAUGAUAGCCAAAAAUAACAGUAAUUUAGAGUGGGAAAGAGUGACAAAAAAAUUAUAAGCAAAAUUGACAGAGAACACAUUGGAAAGCUGGAAGGGGAAUAGAAGAAACACAAAUUAAAACCUCUCUAAGCUUCCACCUUCCACCCUGUGGAUUGACAAAGAUGAUGAAAAAGGAAAAUUGAAAGUCACUGGAGGAGCUAGGGACAUCAGGCACACCACUGUGCUGUUGGUGGAAUUGAGAAGUGGUCCAACUAGAAUCAAUCUUUAUGUCUUAGAAAUGAGAAUUUUAGAGAAAGUUAUGACUAAGGUUUUGGAGUUUUUUCCCCCUAGUUACCUAUUUCCCUUCUAAUUUUAGUUACAUUGGUUUUGUUUGUGUUAAACCUUUUUAAUUUUAUGAAAUCAAAAUUGUUUACCUUAUCUUCUGGGAUUAUCUCUAUUCCCUGUUUGGUCAAGAACUCUCAUCAAUAAUUUCUUCUUUGCUCUUCUAAUUUGCUUAUGAUAUCAUAAUUUAGAUCUAAGUUAUGUAUCUAUUUGGAAUCAAUUUUGGUAUAUCAUGGUAGGAAGCAGCCUGAGUGUUAACCUACACUGAUUCUUCAAAAAACCAGCCCUCCCUCUUUCUCCUACCUACCUCACCCCUUCCCUGGGCCCCAGGGAGGGAUAGGUUCAGCAACCAGGUUAUUUGAAUAGACCUGGCUCUGGAGAGAGAGUGAAUCAUUAGGUCAUUCUUUAUCUCCAUUACCACCAGGAGAAAAGAAAAACUUCUUUACUGCAACUUCAGACCAAGGAAACACUUGGAGCCAAGUGUAAAUCAGAGGAAAAGGGAAGGAGGGGAACCAAAUCUGCCAGCCAGAGGGGGAGAGUCCUACUACAGACUCAAACCCCACCACUCCCCGGGGACAGACCCCCUACCCAAGAGCGUGCCCCUGGGAGCUUCAGGCUACUAGGUUGGAUAGAGCCCAAGAGAAGGCAGACCCUUCAUUCUCCGAGGGCCUGGAGACUAAGCAGCUCUUAGAACCAUGGAUAAAUUCCGAAUGAUCUUCCAGUACUUCCAGUCCAGCUCAGAAUCUGUCAUGAAUGGGAUCUGCCUUAUCCUGGCUGUGGCCACUGUGAAGAUCUACAGCUCCUUUGACUUCAACUGUCCCUGCCUGCCCCGGUACAAUGCCCUCUACGGCCUGGGUCUCUUGUUCACUCCACCCCUGGCCCUUUUCCUGUGUGGUCUCAUUGCCAACAGGCAGUCUGUAGUGCUGAUGGAGGAAUGGAGGAGACCCACAGGAAGAAGAAAAAAGGACCCAGGCAUUGUCAAGUACAUGUGUUCUUCUGUCCUGCAGCGGGCCCUGGCUGCCCCCGUGGUCUGGAUCCUCCUGGCCCUCCUGGAUGGGAAGUGCUUUAUCUGUGCCUUUAGCAGUUCGGUGGAUCCUAAGAAGUUUGCAGACUUGGCCAACAUGACAGCUAGUGACGUGCAGCUGUUCCUCACCAAGGUGCCCUGCAAAGAUGAUGUGUUGGUGAGAGACAAUCCUGCCCGCAAGGCUGUGUCCCGGUACCUGCGCUGUCUAUCACAGGCCGUCGGCUGGAGCAUCAUGCUGACGCUGAUCGUGGUGGCGCUGCUGGCGCGCUCGCUUCAGCCUUGCUUUGACCAGACCCUGCUGGUUCAGCGGCGCUACUGGAGUAACUACGUGGACCUGGAGCAGAAGCUGUUUGACGAGACGUGCUGCGAGCACGCCCGGGACUUUGCCCACAAGUGCGUCUUACACUUCUUCGACAGCAUGCGGAGCGAGAUGAAGGCCCGAGGGCUAGCCUCCCCCCGCCAGGGGGCGGUCAUCCCCGGGGAGAGCGGGUCAGAGGCCAAAGGCCUGGCCCGCGAGGAGGGGGAGAAGGAUCUCCUGUACGGCCUCGCCAACCGGAAGCAGGUCAACCAGCUGCUGGCCACGUGGUACAGGAGCAAGCCCGCCCUGGACAUCACGCGGGCCCUGCAGCCUCCCCCGGGGGAGGGAGGCGGCGGCCUCAGCCGCCGAGGGACCUCCUGUCCUCCAGCCGCCCCCCAGCACACAGAUGUGUAA